GUACCCUAUAGCAAAAACCUCUCCAAAAAUAAAAAAAUAACAUAAAUAAAUGUUAGCCAUUCUCUGAGUGUGGAGCAAUAUCUCCUUGUGGGUCUAAUUUGCAUUUCUCUGACUGCUGAUGUUGAACACCUUUCAAGUGCUUAUCAUCUGCAUAACCUUUAAGUGCACAACUUUUGCCCUUAUGUUUGACAGACAGGUGUUGCAGGAAAUGGUAUUUACUGCCAGUUUAUGGAAGGCAACUGGUACUUCCCACGUUCUAAAUGGGCGUAAAGUAGAACUAUGAAUGCAGUCUGUCAAUGGAAAACUGAAUACUCUGAACUAUGGGAAACGUCUUGCACACACAAUGCCAGGUAACUUUAAAUAUCUUUACAUAAAAUACAUUUACAUACAUUUUAAUUUCCAUCCAGCCAUUACGAGCCUGAUGUGUGGAGCUCUUGGAAGUGGGGCUGUGUCUUCCCCACUGAGCAAAGACCUUCGUGGUUAGAGGCCAAAGAGAACCCACAGCCUCAACUGUUUGUCUGGGAUUGAGCCAAGAACCCAACCAGCUUCACAGGCUGGGGUGAGGUUUUGUUCCCACCUAGCAGCUGGUGUCAGAAACUCCGAUGCUCUGCCCGGCCAUUUCUGAAGUGUGCACGUGGCGCCUGCACCCCCGGGGAAGUUCUGCAGUUCAGGGGCCUGGGCACUAGCGGUGAGGGCCGUAGCUGCCCUGCGCCAGCGGGCCUGCACGCAGUCGCAGCUCCCGCCCUGGCUGUGCCUCUUACUCCGGGGCUUGUUACUACCUUUAACGUGAGGGUCCAGAAUGCACUUCAGACCCAGUGUCUCCAGCACGGUGCUAGCGUGCACCUUUUGAAAACGCACCCCCAGGGGACUGCGGUAUACCCCUUCCCUGCGAACUUUGGGGGCACACGCUCGCCUGACCGGCUCAGGGCCCUGGGUGUGCCAAUCUCCAGUCGGGGACCAAUGGCGGUGGUGCAGGCACUGCAUGAACGUUUCCCUAGGGGCUCAGCUCACUUAAGAAACGGAAGAGCCUGAGAGUCCCAGACAGACAAGCAGGCGGAGGGCCCAGGGCGCGCACGCGCCCGCUGUCCGGACACGCGCACGCAAUCGCGUCCCCGAGGGCCCGACGGCGGCGCGCGCGGGGGCAAAUGGAAGGAGUGCUCGCGGAGUUGCUGCUCUCCCAGAGCCGGGACCCUCAGGCUCUGCUCCGGGCCCUGUGCCGCGGGGAGGCAUCCGCGGAGCGCGUGGAGACACUGCGCUUUCUCCUGCAGCGGCUGGAGGAAGACGAGGCGCGCGGCGGGGCCCAGGGUGGGGGCGCGCUCCCAGAGGCGGCGCGCGAGGUCGCCAUGGGGUACCUGGUGCCGCUGCUGCGCGGGUGCCCCGACCCUGGCCCCGACGCACGGCGCUGCCGGCGCUUCUGGAGGACUGUGCAGGCGGGGCUGGGCUGCGCCGAGGACGGCCUGGCGCGCAAGCGCGCACGCUUCCUGCUGCGGCGCGCCCUGGACGUGUCGGCCGGGCAGGAUGACUGCGCCUGCGCCUGCGGCUCUGAGGACCCAGACGGACCAAGCCUGUUUUGGUGGUCUGAGAAGAAAAAAGAUGAGCUUCUAAAGUUUUGGGAAAAUUACAUUUUAAUUAUGGAGACUCUGGAAGGAAAUCAGAUACAUGUUAUAAAGCCAGUCUUACCAAAGCUAAACGGUCUCUUUGACUGCGCAGUGUCAGAGGAAACCGGGAGCUGGCUCUUCCACCCGUCUUGGCACGUGUGCAUUUACAAGAGAAUGUUGGAGAGCGAAAGCAAAGUCCUGACCAAGGAAGCCGUUACUCACUUUCUGGAGCUGUACGGGUCCAGGCGUCUUCCAUCUUCACCCGCGUUUUCCGAGUUUGUUAUUGGACCACUAAUGGACGCCCUCUCAGAGAGCUCUCUGUACAGCAGGUCUCCAGGCCAGCCGGCAGGAAGUGCUGCUCCUCUGGGAUGCAAAUUGCAGACGUUUUUAGUCACUUACGUUUCUCUUCUUCCAGAAGAAAUAAAGAGUAGUUUUCUGCUCAGCUUCAUCCGGAAGAUGACCAGCAGACACUGGAGCGCUGUCCCCAUUUUGUCUCUCUCCAAGGCUUUGGCGAGUGUCCCACGCUGCGGAGCCCUGGGUGUGGACGGGCUCCUUGCUCUCAGGGGCGUCAUCCAUCGCACCACGGUCACGCACCAGGUUCUCCUGCGAGGGGCCGCCCAGUGCUACCUUCUGAAGACAGCCAUGAAUUUGGUGGACGUGGAGAAAGUGGCGCUUUCCGACGUCUCCAUGUUCCUUGUGUCUCUGAGGCCGGAGGAGUCCCUGGGACGAGGGACUUCAUUGUGGACAGAGCUCUGUGACUGGCUGCGUGUCAACGAACGCCGUUUUAGGUGUGCCCCACCUUGCAGCCCUGUCGGGCCUCCCGAGACGUCCUUGAAUGCGUACGUGAAGAGCCUGGUUCUGGACUACAUAAAGGCGCCUCCCUGGGAACCAGGGGACAGCGGCGCUCUGCCCGAUGGGUCCCAGGCCAGGCUCGUCGCCCUGAUGGUCAUGCUGGCUGUGGAUGUGGAAGGAGCGAAGACUCAGCACAGUGAGAAGCAGAGAACAGAGAAUGUCCUGAGGCUGUUCCUGGACCCCCUUCUGGAUGCCCUGGGGAUGUUGGGUGCCAAUGCCUACAUGCCCCUGCCGAAGACUGACAGGUGCCUCCAGGUGCUGGUGAAGUUACUGCACACCUGCGUGUGGAAAGGGCCCGGUGCCGCCGAUGAUGAGGUGCUCCCUCUCCUGCAGAGCCUCGUCCUGUCUACGGCAGAGAGUGUUUCUGAGUUCAUCCUCAGGAGACUGACUGCGCGCGAGCUCAGCAGUGUCUCGGAUCUAGACCGGUGCCGGCUGUACCUGCUGGUGCUUGUCGAGCUGGUGACGCUGCACCGCUUGGCUGGGUGGAAACGGGGCAAUCCCGUCUGGAGGGUCAUCUCGCCCUUGCAGAAGGCCUCCGUCCGGCAUCUUCAGGAGGAGGACGGCAACCAGGAGCCCACACUUGGGGAUCAGAUUCAGCGAGUGGUCAGCAUGGCCAGCCUGGCCAUGGUGUGUGAGGUCAUCGGCCAGACGCCGGAGCUGCAGCUGGAGACCCUGGAGCCAGGGCCUGUGGAAAGGUUCCUGUCCUCCCUGCCGCUCACCCAGGUGCUGCAGAAGCCGCGGAUGGGGCCACAGAGCAGCAGUGUGGAGGAGCCGCCGUCUGCCCACGGGUGGGGGAAGGUGACUGCUCAGUACAUCCACGACCAGGGGAAGUGGGUCUGCCUGGAGUGCCUGCUGAGGAAGCGACACACCCUCAUCCCGGGCACGGAGGGCGAGGUCCCGGGGCCCGAGCUGCCCGCCGUGCAGCAGCUGGCCAGGACACUGCAGGCGGCCCUGGACGCCCUCGCGGUUCUCCCGGCCGAGCGGGUCUUACCCGUGCUGCGCUGCAUGCACAUCCUGGUGCCCAUGCUUCUGACCUCCUCCGAGUCUCUCUGCGUAGAGUCUUUUGACGUAGCUUGGAAAACGGUAUCUUCUUUAAGCAACACGCAGCUGACAUUCUGGCCUAACUUAAAAGCUUUUGUCCAGUUGGUUUUUGAUAACCGAGUUCUUACCAUUGCUGCGAGAGUCAAGGGCCAGGCGUACUUGAAAAUAAAAGAGAUCAUGUUCAAGGUCAUCGAGAUGUCUGCUGUGAGAGCCGGAGUCCUCAACACACUGACGAACCACUGCUGCCGGUCGUGGCUGGAGUCUGCACCCGGCGUGGCCCGGGGGCCCCUGUCCUGUGCUGGAAGUUACAGUGAACUUGUCCUUGAGGCGUGUGUGUUUGGAACUGUGUUGAGGCGUGAUCAGAGGCUUAUUCAGGAUGCCCAGGAUUUCAUAGAAAGUCUUGGACACGACUGCGCAGCUAACGUCGUCAUAGAGAAGACUAACAGAGAAGACCCCUAUGUGAGAAUCUGCGCUGUCAAAUUCCUGUGUCUGCUGGACGGCGCCAACGUGUCCCACAAGUUGCUCAUGGAAGAUCUUGCAGUCCGGCUCCUAGAAAAAGAUGAGCUGGUGUCCAGGCCCAAGAGCCGCUCCCACGCGAACUCGCUGCAGCACAGGCUAAAGAACCGGGCGUGGCAGACCCUGCUGGUGCUCGUCCCCAGGCUGGACCAGAACUUCCUGAAUAGAAUUAUUGACAAGAUUUUCCAAGCUGGCUCUACCAAUAAUCAAGCAUCCAUAAAGUAUUUCGUAGAAUGGAUUAUUAUAUUGAUUCUUCAUAAAUUCCCUCAGUUUCUUCCGAAGUUCUGGGAUUGCUUUUCUCGUGGUGAAGAGAAACUUAAAACAAGUAUUUGUACAUUUUUAUCAGUUUUGUCACAUUUGGACAUCAUUAUUCAAAAUAACUCCGAAAAGAAGGCAGUUCUGCAGCAGGCCCUGGUCGCCGCCCUGCGCUGGUGCUUCAGCCACAGCUUCAGCGUGCGGCUGUACGCACUGGUCGCCCUGAAGAAGAUCUGGAGCCUGUGCAAGACGCUGUGCGUGGAGGAGUGCGACGCCCUGGCCUCCGCCAUCGAGUCCAGCCUCAGCCACGUGGAGAGCAUGCACAGAGAGGGGAAGGCCCAGAAGAACUGGCAGCGCAUCCAAGACCACUUCUUCUUCACUGUGUUCCACCCCCUGCAGGACUACAGUCUGGAGACCAUAUUUUACACCCUCCCACGCCUUUCAGGCCUCGCUGAGGAUGAGUGGGUCACCAUCGACAAGUUCACGGGGUUCACGGAGCUGCCUGCAAGUGCUGGGUUUCAGUGGCACCUCUCUCGGACCCGACUUCGCCAACUGGAGCCAGGCGACUGGUCUCAGCAGGAUGUAGGUGCUCACUCAGGGGAAGCAGAUGACCCGUCCGAGUGGGCCGAUGUCCAGAAGAAGGUGAUCCCAUGGGAGAACAGCGUUCCCGAUGCAGACUCUGAGCUCCCGCCCCAGGGCCGUGCCGCCAGACUCAGGAAGUCCGUCAGCAGGCUGAUCGUGGUGGCCUCGCUCACGGAUAAAGCCACCAAUUUAGGAGGGCUGUGCCGCACUUGUGAGGUGUUUGGGGCCUCGGCGCUGGUGGUCGGCAACCUGCAGUGCGUCCACGACAGGCAGUUCCAGGCCCUCAGCGUCUCCGCCGAGCAGUGGCUUCCUUUAGUGGAGGUGAGGCCACAUCAGCUCACUGACUACCUGCAGCGGAAGAAGGCAGAAGGCUACACCAUCAUCGGAGUGGAACAGACAGCCAGGAGCGUGGACCUGACCCAGUACUGCUUCCCUGAGAAGUCCCUGCUCCUGCUGGGAAAUGAACGUGAGGGGAUCCCAGCGAAUCUGAUCCAGCAGCUGGACGUGUGUGUGGAGAUCCCGCAGCACGGCAUCACCCGCUCGCUGAACGUCCACGUGAGCGGGGCCCUGCUGACCUGGGAGUACACCAGGCAGCGGCUGCCGGGGCGCAGCCAUGGCCCAGCAGGCCCUGCACCUCGCCCACCCGACUAUCCAUGCCACGGAGACAGGCAGCUUCGCUAAGCCGUCUGGACGGGUGGAACAGGUGUGGAGUUGGCUGCAACAGUUUGGUUUUCCUUGCAGUUUAAUGCCAAAAUGUUUCUAUGUGCCUUAAAUAAAUUAUAUAUUGCCUCCUUUACCAAAUACUGUUAGGUCACUUGUAUUCUACUUUAGCGAUGUGUCAGGUCGUCAAGAAACGUAUUUUUCUACGUUUUCCUAUGCAAAAAAGCAUCAUGACUUUCUCAGCAACCCAAUAUUUUAAGCAGUUGUGAAAACAAAACCUGAGAAUUUUUAAGAGCUCCUUCCUGGGAUCAGCAGAUGGCGUAACGGUUAUGUCACUGGACUUCCACGUAGUCGAUCAUGAUUCAAGUC